UUGGACGAUGCUCCCCCAGACAUUCAUACUGAUGAACGCCCUGACUCCUGUUUCCCUCCCCUUUCCCCUUCUGCCUCUCCAUCAACCCCUGUCUCUCCUCCCCCUCUCUCUUUCUUUCUGUCCCUGUUUUUCUCCAGAGACUUCCAGUUUUUGAACACCACACUGUUCUUACCUCCUGGCCCUCCACCCCACGCGCACGAAGAAAGAGAAGCUCAGAAGCCAUGUUUCCUAUCCGUGCACCCCUCUUAGCUGCACUGGUCAGCCUUACCCUAUGCCAGUAUUAUGACUACGACUACCAGCCUGCUUCCAUGUUGGGGCCAUCAGGGCCAAACUGUAAUCAAGAGUGUGAGUGCCCGAUCCAUUUCCCUAGCGCGAUGUAUUGCAAUAGCCGCAAACUUAAAGUUGUACCUGUAGUUCCAACAGGGAUCAAGUACCUGUACCUGCAGAACAACCUGAUUGAAGAGAUCAAGGCAGGAGUGUUUGAUAAUGUUACUGAUACUCUGCGCUGGCUGAUUAUUGACAACAACCAAAUCACCAAUGCUAAGAUAGAGAAGGGAACCAUUGACAAGCUCACAGUACUGGAGAAGCUAUUCUUCAGCCACAACAACCUUACAGAGCCAGUCAUCCCUCCCUCAAAGGCCCUUGAGGAGCUGAAGAUUAUGUACAAUAAGUUGUCCAAGUUUCCCUCGGGACUCUUAACUGACAAGGAGAAUUUGACCUCCAUCAAUCUUCAGCACAACGAAUUAACCUCUGAAGCCAUUGCAGGGGCUUUCAAAGGGCCAAAGAAGCUGCUGUCUUUAGAUGUUAGCCAUAACAAGCUGAAGAAGCUGCCAGCCGGAGUCCCAAGUUCACUGGAAAUCCUCUAUGCUGACUACAACGAUGUUGAGGGUGUUGGAGCAGGAUACUUGAACAAGCUGCCCACACUUAAGUACCUGAGGAUCUCCCACAACAAGCUGGUGGACUCUGGGAUUCCUGCUGGAGUGUUCAAUGUAACAUCACUGGUUGAGCUGGAUCUCUCUUUCAACAAACUGCAGUCCAUCCCUGAAAUUAAUGAGCAGCUGGAGCAACUCUACCUUCAGGCCAAUGAGAUCAGCAAGUUUGACCUGACAAGUUUCUGCAAGUUCAUUGGACCUCUCAACUACUCACGUCUGAAGCAUCUGCGUCUGGACGCCAACAACCUCACACACAACAGCAUGCCCAUUGAAUCCUCCAACUGUCUGCGUCAAGCUUUAGACAUCAUGUUUGAAUAAGGAACUCCAUCAGAUCUGUAAUUCUGAUUUCUACUGCGAUGGCAUUGCUCAGCCCAAAGCCUUCUGGAAAUAAAACUUAACAGUUUUUCUAUUUGUAAUAUAGUAUACAAAAAACACUCAAUCUACAUUUCAAAUAUUUUUCCUUAAUAUUUGGAAAUAUGACUUAUUACUGUAAUUAUUAAAAGACAUUAGAAUUAAAGAUAUAUAAAAAGUAAGCCAAAAUGAUAAAUGAUGUACAUGCUUGUAUGAAAACACACACUUUAAACAUUCCAGUUAUUACAUUAUUUCAGUUGUAGGGUCAUAUUUGUUGUUUGUCUUGUAUUAUUAAUCCAUUGGCACAAUUAUUAAUCCACCUCUGUGCAAAGAACCUUCAAGAAAGGGCUGCGUACUUAAAAUUCAUCAUGUAAUAUGAGCAAAUGUAAAAUACACAGCAGUCUCAUUUUCAACAUCUUGAAUGCAUCAACGCAGUUUGAAGGAAAAUACCAGUGUUGUGAACUCAUGUCUGCCUACUUUAAUUUCAGCAAAGUCUGUCAUGAUGUCCCACUGGCUGACUUAGAAUUUAAAUAAACAACAUUUUUUUUUGUCAGUGGAAGUAACUUUCCAGCUCUUUAAAGCACCACGCUCCAAAAGACUUUCCCAUUGUGUUUGAAUUUACAUCAUCUGCUCAGUUAUGCCUUGAAAUAGCAGGUUUUCAAUACAUUAAUCAGCUUGUUUCUGUAUUUAUGACAUGCCAUCAUACAUCUUAUUGUUUUUGUAUGUAAAAACUGAAUCUAUUACAUGCGCCCAUGUUGCCAGUUUCUGAUAAUAAACUACAGCUUCUGCAAUUAAGGUGCUUUCAUUGUAACCCAGUAAUAAAUGCUUCAUGCUAACAUUACAUCAGCUUGGCUCCAUUGACAUGGUGAUGAAUUGUGUAACCAUUAUUAUUAGAUUAUCACAUUUAGUUUGGGUCAUUUUUCAUUUGAGGACUUUAACUUGGUAAUUGUCUUUUGGAUUCACUGUGAAAAAAUUAAACACAGCUGAAUAAACUAUGUUUUGAAGGUA